AUAUAUAUAUAUAUGUCUAUGAGCAUAGUCACAUUGAUGUGAAAAAUUGUUAGUUUGUUAGAAGGGUUGCAUUAGAUCAGUGAAGAAUGUAAUAUUGGCUUCUUAGAGUUGAUAUUCUUGAAAUUUACAGCUAGUUAGGACUUUGAAAUAUUGGGAGAUAUACUUAGCUAGUGAUUUAAUGUUUCUAGCAAUAAAGUGUUGGGAGAUACAGUAUGUGGCUGGUGGGUAUGAAGUCUUGUAUUUAUCGUAGGAGAAAAACUCCCAAAGCCCGAGCCGAAGGAGAUAAAUAGAAUUAGAGACUGAUUGCUUUGGAGGAUAGCUUGAGAAGGAUCCAAGUUUUACAACUCAUCAAAGUUUGUGGUGGAUUAGCCUGUAUCAUUUCUAUAUAUCGAGGCUAUCACCAUUCACCCAUUGGUAGUUUUUCACGAUUAGACAUUGGAAAUGAUCUGACUUGGUUCUUGCAAAGCAAGUUUUCUUGGUUUCUGCAUUUUGCUCAUCACUUUAUAUGUAGUGCCAGGAACAUAGAUCUGAAACAAGUUUUGUUGAUUUAGAGAAAUGGACAAGGCUCUUGUUGCUAGCUUUGAAUGCCUGCUUUUUUACUGUUCGCCAAUCUUCAUCAUCUUCCCAUCUGUUACCCAUUUUCAUCUUGUAUGGAGGUAUCUGUAGGUUAUGAUUUUAGUAAAUUUUCUUUGGUUGAGUUGGUGCUAUGAUCAUAUAUAGUUGGAUCCCUUUUAUUUGACAUUUGGUUUGGACAAGCUUAUGGGAAUUCUUUUAGUAAUAAAUACUCCACUAGGGUGAAUUUGUCAAUAAAACUGUCUUGUAAAUUGGGUGCCAUUUUCUUCAGUGUUAGACAAAUGAAGCAAAGGAAAAUCAAACAAUACUACUCUUUGUUCGGGUUCCAACACAAAUGCCAUAUAAAUGUUGUUGAUAUUUAUAAUUGAGCUCAAUGUAAUUUGUAAUUACAUUCCGAUUUUUGGACUUCUGCAUUAGAUGCGACUUUCAAUUAUUUUCAAUAAUUUUUUUGGUUAACAGAAAAAAGGGUUGAGCCAGCAUGCUGCGAGGAAGUGUUGGAGCCAGAAAUUCAUUUAUGUAGAAACUCAGAAUCGACUUUGAAGCUUACUGUUUGAUCCUCUCACAUUUUCAAUUGGUAGAAGGUCAAUGAUUAGAUUGGUGGAAAGGGAUGGCAAACAUACAAUGGACUUUGCAUUCAAUUUAACUUGGAUUUAGCAUCGAAAAGUAAAAACAUGUCAAAGUGUUUCCUCCAAACGAAAGUUUAAAUAUCAGCAAAAAAUUAGAUCUCUUUCUAAUUUACUACUACUACUACUACUAUAAAUUUGCAACCUAUUUAAAAGGUCGGAAUACAGAUUGGGAUGAUUUCCUUCUAAUUUACUCAAUAUCAGAAAGCACAAGUUAAAGUCACAAAAGAUAUUACUCGCUCCGUUCUUUAAAAAUUAAAACUACAUUAUUAAUUUUUGUUUUGGUAUGUUGCUUAAAUUAGAAACCUUUUAUUUUAGAAAACUUUUUCUAACCAUUAUUUUUCUUUGUAUAUCUUUCUUAUUUACCACUAAUAUUCAAAAGUUUUUUAUUUUUAAAAUACAGAAUAGUACUUUAUUUUACUAAAAAAAUGGAUAAUGUAUUACUACAAUAGUGGAUAAUGUAUCCCUAAAAAGAAUGGAAUGCAAAAGAGAAAUGUGCCCAAAAAAAAAGAAGAAAUUUGAUGGAAAUCUAUACAACCAAGCGUUUGGGUGGACAGAAGAUCCCAACGUCGUCAUCUCAUUCAAUUCAUUAACACAACCCUUCAACUCCACACACACACAGAGACUCGAAUCCAACGAUGUUACUUGCGACGACGCCGUUUGCCAAUGGGGGCCUCCCCUUCUCAGCACGCCGAUCAUCUUCCGCUAAUUCUCAUUCCUCUACUGCUUUCGAGUGGGGACUGCAAAGAAAGCAAAAUGAGGGAUUGUUUCCUCGAAGAAUAACAGGGCAAGCUAUCCGUGUCUUGGCAAAUCCAAAUGCAUCUUCAGGGAAAGGAAAAUCGAAAAAAGAAGUAAUUAUGGUCGAUCCUUCAGAAGCAAAGAGAUUAGCAGCCAAACAGAUGGAACUAAUCAAAGCAAAAGAAGAAUUCAAAAGAAGGCGACAAAUUGAAGCUAUUAAUGGUGCAUGGGCAAUGAUUGGUCUUACGGUAGGAUUAGUCAUCGAAGGUCAAACGGGGAAAAGCAUUCCAGCUCAGUUAGCCGGAUACUGGGACGCUAUCGUUGGAUUCGUUGUCAGAUAGGUUUCAGUAACAAGAUUUUUUUUUACUGCUGAUAUAUUAUCCUCGUGGAUCUUUUCAUUGGAAUUAUGCAGAUUUAUACACCAAUCUUUUCUGCUCCCUCUUUUUUUUUAGUUGCUCUGAAUUAGAUGAAAUGUAAAAGAGUUACAUUAAUCAUCAUUGUCCAAUAUGUCAGAUUUUUUUGGGUUACAAAA